AUGAUCCGCAACUUGCCCAACAACUAUGGCAGAAACGACGUCGUCACGCUUUUGGAUGAACAGGGCUUCAAGGCGAAGUAUGACUUCGUCUACCUGCCCAUUGAUUUCAAAAAUUCCAGUGGCCUUGGCUAUGCUUUUGUGAACAUGGUAAGCCAUGAAGAUGCUUUGGAAGUCAUGAACAAGCUUGGAGGCUUCAAAGACUGGAAAGUGCCCAGCCAGAAGGUUUGCGAGGUGGCAUGGGGAAACCCUGAGCAGCAGGGUUUAGACUUUCACAUUGGUCGGUACAGGAACAGCCCUGUGAUGCACAACUCCGUCAAAGAGGAGUUCAAGCCGUUGAUCUUUCAGAAUGGGACGCCCAUCCCAUUUCCAGAACCGACGAAGGCCCCUCGGAGGCCACGGAUGAAAAAGCACGCGCGGAUUGGAUGCCGUUCACCGGAAGCUUCGGACAAGGAGGACCGAUCCGGGUCGGGAUUGCCACUGGAGGGGGUCGGACCUUGGCAGGGUGCACAAAGGGGCCCGUGA